GUAAUUUGAGAGACAAUGACAAUUAGAUUUUAAGUUGAUUGAUAGAUUAGUGUGAUAUUCACGUUACAGCACGAUACAGUGAAGUAAAUAAUACUUCAGUAAUACUCCUAAGAAAUACUAUAACAACCUCUCUAAUAUUAAUUCCUGAAUAUUCCGUAAGACAGGAAACUGUUCACGUUGCAAAUAUCGAGGCAAACAAGUACUAUUCGUCGUUUCUAUGACUGUUGACUAAAAAUAUCCUAUCGGAUCCUUCCAAUUGUGAAAACAGCAUACACGACCAAUUCUGUUUUAGUUCAUAUUCGCACACGAACGUCAAAGAUGCGUUUCACGAAAUACAGAAAAAUUUUCGUAUACAUUCUGACUUUCUCAACUUAUGCAUGGUCGGAUUAUGGGGCCGAUAUACUGGGAAACCUUCGUGACGCUGUUUUAGCAGCCGAAACUAUAUUUGGUGAUUUUUUUAAAAAUGCUGUCACCGUUGCAAAGAAGUUCAAGGACGUUCAUGAAGUAAUUAACGCUGCUGCCGACGAUUCAUGCGUUUAUACAUGUCCUACAGGUAUGAUACCAAAACCAAACUGGAAUCACAAGCCACAAAGCAACGGAUGUGGUUCAUUGGGAUUGGAGCAAGCUCAAGAAUUUUUUUCCUUUCCUGAAGUUACAAGUUGCUGCAAUGCACAUGAUAUCUGCUACGAUACCUGUAAUAACGAUAAAGAAAAAUGUGAUUUCGAGUUUAAGCGCUGUCUUUACAAGUACUGCGAUAGCUUCGAAUCUAGCAGCACAAAUAUGAUUAAAGCUUGCAGAACAGCGGCCAAAGUACUUUUUUCCGGCACCACUACACUGGGAUGUAAAAGCUUCCUGGAUGCUCAGAGUAAUGCGUGUUAUUGUAAAGAUCGACAGAACACUAAGUAUAAGGAAACGAAAAGAGGUGCGCAGGCUGGCGGAUGAAUUACUUUCACCUUAAAUUGAAUUGUAGAUUCACCAGUCAGUUUGAUAUGAGACACCAGGGGUUUGCAUUAAGAUCUAGAGUAAUCAUCUUUGCCGAAAGAGAGAAAAUACUGGUGAAUUCUCCAAAUAGGUAAUAGCAUGGAAAUAACAAAACUUGAUCAGAAUAUACAAGCGAGUAUACAAGUGAUCUUGUAUCUUUCAACAGAAUUUGUGAACAAACAUUGGAUCACAGUAUUCGUUAUGUGAUUUCGCAAUGUGCAUGAGGCUGUACAUAUAUGUAUUAAAUAUAAAAUUACUAAUAAGGAUUAGCAUCAAUAUUUAUAAAAACAUUUAGCUUUUAGGUAUCUGCUAAUGAAUGAAAUUAAACAUUGUGAUUUUUCAUCCGACAUUUUUGAAAUACGUUUAUCAGCAAAUCAUGAUAAUAAAUAAUGUGUAAAUACUGAAUCGAAAUACAAUUGUCUUGAUUCUUAA